AUCCCCUCCCCUCCUCCUGCCUGGUCCCACGGCCAGACUAGAGGUUUUCAGGAUGGAGUAGAGGUUGGGUGAGGUCCUGCUGUUUCCCAGAAGCUUUUCCUUGUCCUAUUGCUCCCAACCGGUUGUGACAAAAUGUAUGGGAGACCGCAGUUGAAUGGUGACUGGAAUUGACUGUAUAACAUACAUGCUUUGCUUCCUGCACUCACGGGAAGCAUGAGUCUGUUGGGACUUGGGACAAGAAGAAAACCAGACUCCUUCACGAGGAAAACCAGACACUAAGCAGAAGUUUCCCAGGGUCUGGAGAGAGAAGGAACAUGGCGGAGAGAGCACGUGGGGACCCGCCAGAGGACUCUCAAAAGGAUUUGGAAAAUGACCCAUCAAUAAAUUCUCAGGCACAGGAGACCACAGUCACAGCAAGGACCACUGAAGAUGCACAGACCCUAAGCCCUGCCUCUGGUUUCAACAAAGACCACCAAGAGGUAGAAACAAUAGGUCCAGAGAGUGCAGAUACAGGUGAUCUAUCAGAAAGUCCAGAUGAAACAAAUGGGAAAUAUCCGAAGGAUAAAACAGAACGUGAGGCCAACCAGAGUUUUCAGGAUGGCGAACAAGGACAUCAACUCUCUUCAAAAAGUCUAGGUGAAGAAUCCUUGCAUCCUGAAAGUCUGGGUGAAGAAUCCUUGCAUCCUGAAAGUCUGGGUGAAGAAUCCUUGCAUCCUGAAAGUCUGGGUGAAGAAUCCUUGCAUCCUGAAAGUCUGGGUGAAGAAUCCUUGCAUCCUGAAAGUCUGGGUGAAGAAUCCUCGCAUCCUGAAAGCCUGGGUGAAGAAUCCUUGCAUCCUGAAAGUCUGGGUGAAGAAUCCUUGCAUCCUGAAAGUCUGGGUGAAGAAUCCUUGCAUCCUGAAAGUCUAGGUGAAGAAUCCUUGCAUCCUGAAAGCCUGGGUGAAGAAUCCUCGCAUCCAGAACCCAAAUGUUCUCCAAGAGACGAGGCAGAUGCACAGUUCGGGAGCAGCUCCACAGGCCUCCCUGCUGAAGUGAGCAACAGACCUGGAGCUCCUCGGGAGCCACCUGCUGUAGAUGCCCAGGGUGCCCAGAGUCGUGAUCAUCCCACCGCAGGGCUGGAGGACCAGGGUGGACUGAGGAGGCGACUGGUGGAGCCAGAAGCUGGAAGUCAUCAACAAGAAACACAAACAUUGGAAGGAAACAGAGAGAACGUGCAGGAUGCCCUAAGAAACAUUAAUGUAAAGGAUUAUUUGAGCUAUGGCCCCAUCAUUCUUGGCUUCCUGGUUGUGACUUUUGUUUUGCUAAGCUCUGUGCAAAGCUACUAUUCCUCCCCAGCACAGCAAGUGCCCCAGAACCCAGCUUUGGAGGCCUUCCUGGCUCAGUUCAGCCAGCUGAAGGAUGCAUUUCCAGGCCAGAGUGCUUUUCUGUGGCAGAGAGGACAGAAGUUUCUCCAGAAGCACCUCAAUGCUUCGCACCCCACCGAGCCGGCCACCAUCAUCUUCACAGCAGCUCGAGAGGGGAGGGAGACCCUGAAGUGCCUCAGCCAUCGCGUUGCCGAUGCCUACACCUCUUCCCAGAAAGUCGCUGCCAUUCAGAUCGACGGCGCUGGGAGGGCCUCGCAGGACAGCGACACGGUCAAGCUGCUGGUGGACAUGGAGCUGAGCUCUGGAUUCGAGGACGGCAGGAAGGCCGCCGUGGUGCACCGCUUCGAGUCCCUUCCCGCAGGCUCCACCUUGAUCUUCUACAAGUACUGUGACCACGAGAACGCGGCCUUCAAAGACGUGGCCCUGGUGCUGACCGUUCUCCUGGAGGAGGACACACUGGAAGCAAGUGUGGGCCCAAGGGAAACCGAAGAAAAAGUGCGAGAUCUGCUCUGGGCCCGGUUUACCAACUCGAACAUGCCCAGCUCCUUCAACCACAUGGACUCAGACAAGCUGAGCGGGCUGUGGAGCCGCAUCUCCCACCUGGUGCUGCCCGUGCAGCCCGUGCCGGGCAUCGAGGCGCAGGGCUGCCCGCUGUAGGCGAGGCUGCGGAGGGCCCUUUGGAGCCUUCCACUUCUGUGGCAGGAGACUGAUGAAUGUGAGCAAACCUCCCGAGGUGCACGAGUGAGCUUUGCUUAGGAAAAAAAAAAUCAUUUAUUUUUUUCCUUUGGUAAAAAUGUUUCUAAUCUAAGCUUGACAAAGCCAAACGCUGACCUGACUUUUCUUCCUUGCUUUUCAAGCAAAUCAGGUUUCAAAUAUAGCGUGGUAUGUAUAACUGAGGAUGUUUGAAAUCUAAAAAUAGAGCAGCAGAAUUAUUGCACAGGAAAAUAAUCUCAGAUCACUACAGAGUGAUUUUUUGGACUCAAGUAAUUAUAGCCAUGAAGCAAUGAUAAUUUAAAAAAAUGUUUUCUAUAUGUUAAGUAUUUUUAAAAACUCAUUUUAGUAGCUUAGUUGUGGGAAUACAUUUAUACUGAUUAGCACUUUUGAAUAGUACGAAGAAAGGAAAUUGGUGUCCAAAUACCUGCCGACUACACCUAACUAAGCACGGAGUAAGGCACUGUACUUUUCUUCCGUAAUGAGCUGAGGUCAAAGCAGCUGUACUCAAGAAAUGUUCUCAAAAAUCAGAAACAAUGGGGGAAUUGUUUAUGAUCAUUGGGAAUGAAGAAAUUGUAAUUGGCUGUAUCUUGACCUCAGCUCUUUUGAAUUAUUUAGGGCAGUGAUUUGCACACUGUGUCUGCUGCGCCCUCACCCUCUUUGUGCCAGAGCUGGUCUGCAUUGCCUGUCUCACCAGGACUCGUCACGCGAUGUAAUCGGAUUAGAGUUCCCCUGAUUGAGUGAGGAAACAUCUGAGAAGAUAGGAAAUGCGUAGAAAGAAAUGAAUGUAUGAAAAUUCAUGAGUAGGAAGAGGACACAAUAUAGGCUUAUUGUAUAGAUACGCUUUUUAUGAAAGUUAAAGACCUAUAGAUGGACAAUAGAAUGUUUAAAGUAGCAUUUGCUAACCUAUUUCUGAUGCUUUGGUUAAUUUCUGUUAUCAUUUCUGUCUCCCCUGAAUGGAACUUUACAGUUGUCUAGGAUGAAAGUGUGAGUGUCCUUUAAGAAGAAAAGAUUUUAAUAACCAAUUGAAUAUUAGAUUUUAUGUAAGUACAUUAGCAUCACUUGACAAUACUGCUUGUUAAGUGAUGCUAAUGAUGGAACGUUAUAUAAUGCACCUCAUUUCUUUAUCUGCUAGUUAGAAGUCCCAUUAGAUUAACAGAGAAAUGCAAGAGAUGUAUACAUAGUGAGAGGAAGCAAAAAUGGUAAAUAGUUUCUAAGAGGUUCUAAUGGCCAGUAUUAAUUAUUGGACCAUGGUUUGUGAUUGUAAGAAUGACUGAGACAGUGUUUAUGGAGACAGUAGUGUUUUGUUUUGCAUUUCAGAACUCUAGUAAAUGACCUUGACCUAAUGAAGGGUCUCUCCCAUGCCAUGGCAGUCCUAGGAACUGCUCAGGGACUACUUCAGCUACUCCUGGAAUGUCUCGACUAGGUCAUGGCCUCUGCUGCAGAGCAGGGAAGCCAUGUGGUUGAUGGAUGGAGUUCCGGAAACAGCAGGAAGAUUUAGUAUGUUUACUGACACCUAGAGAGCGAGCAUAGAGAUGUAGGGGAAGAAUGUAUUUGAAAAUAUCUGUCGCAGAAAAAAUGGAUAAAUCUAUUCCAACCAAAGUCUUACUUGUUCUUAGUUGAGGUAGAGGCAUACCUAAAGGAACUAUUUUCAUUUGGGACUUUAUGGAGGAAUCUUCCAACAGAGUUGAGGAAAGACCUGCCUGAAUAAAAAGUUAAAGUAUAGUAAAUAUACUAUCAGUCCAAUAUACACGCAGAGGAAAUGAAAGAAAAAUCUAUAUACCAUAUUCGAAUUUUUUUCUGUAUUUCUAGAGCUCAGAUGCUAGCAUUACAUCACACAGAAACCGACAGUGCCUUCGAACUGGGCUGCCGCAGACCUACAAGGAACCAGUGCGAAGUGUGCGUGUCCAGUAAGUCAGGGACUCGGAUCAGAGCUGAAACAAACAUUCCUGUUUCUCCACUCAGUUGAAUAUGGUUUUUCAUCAUUUCCUUUCGAUAUAAUUUAGAAAAGGAAAUUUCCAAAAGUCAUAACUUUUUUUUUGCUGUUUAGCCUUUGUUAAAAAACACUUUUCCUUACGUGUAUAAGUGCAAUCAGUUGGAACAGCUGUCCGUUUUCUGUCUACUAUUUCAAAAAUCAUUUUAAAAAGAAGCAGUAUAAGCUCUGGGUCUUUAAAAAGUGAUUAUUUUUAAAGCAUAAAAACUUUAUAUUUUUAAACAAUACAUUUUAAUAUCUAAUAGAGUCUUAGGUUAAUUUCUACUCAAUUGUUUCUAUUUUUUACAUUUUUUUCAACUUUCCAAAUUUUCUUGUGUGUGUCUUUUAGUUCAUCUUUCAUUACUAUAAGAGAUAUUCUGCUUACUUGCCUUGGAACAAUGACUUGUGGGCACACGACAUCAUACAUGAUACCCAAACAUUGCCGUUUAAUUGUCACCACAGAACAAAUCUCAUUACAUUACAUAUGAUCAUAAAUCACUUUUUGAUUGAUACCCAAGUUCUAGAAGCAACUGGUGGAAUCAGAAAUUGUCUCUGGACUUGAGUUUUUGCCCCUCUGGGAUAGUCCUGAGGAUUGGCAGAGAAGUUCCAGGGAAUUCCUAUCACUAGAGGUAGUAAUGACACUGUUUCUGUGUUUUAAAUCAACAAAAAUCACUCAACUGUGUUUCAUUUGAAAGCCUGCAAGUUUACAUGGUGAGGUCGGCAUGCUGCCACCGCGACCCCGGCUGAGGGCACAGCUGAACAGUGCUGGCUGCUGAGGUGGUUUUGACCCUCUCACAGUUUACAGCUGUUCGAUGUGUAUUUCUGUCUGUUAAAGACAGGCUGCGUGAGCACUGACAAAAAAUAGCAAACACAUGCAGCAUGUGAAAGUGGUCAUUCGGCAACGUGACCUUCACCGGGACUGCAGUGGCAUCUCUCUGACCGAUUUUUGUGCGGCAUAUACGGGUGUGUAGCACUUCAAAACCUAAUGUUAAUAGAAAAUAUAAUCAUUAUGCCUUAUUAGGGUUAUCAUUUAGUGGGAAUUAAGCUUAUAUCCAUGCAGCUUAUUUAUACAGAAGGACUUUUCAAAUAGCAACAUGAAAAUUUAACAUUUGAAAAUAAAGCAAUUAUAAAAGUAAAUCAGUUAAAGUGCUCAUUAUAGCAUUUUAUAAAAGCAGUUUUUAAUCUGCUUUUCAUGUUGAAUAUGUAGUUAAAUAUGAGUAUUCAUUUUAAUCUUUUGUUUACCAAU